UCUGCCUCUUAUGGACAGCCUCCCCCUGGGAUCAAGCCAGGCAUCUUCUCUGGAGCAAAGCUGGCUCUACACCUGGCGGUGCAUUUGCUGCAAGCCCUGGACCACCGCAGAUCUCUCCGGAGCUCCGACAGGAGGGAAUGCUGGACUGUCAGGACAGUGGGGCCAAGGGGGCCCCCAUCCACACUAAGAUCUCCUUCUCCAUCUUGGAUAUUCUGGAUCCUCAGAAAUUUACUAGUAAAAACAAUCCAGCAGCAGAGAAAAGGGAGAUCAUCCCACACGCAGGACAGCAGGAGAAAAGUUUGGGAAGAGUUGCGGCAGAAAAAAAUCCCAGCCACCAGAGGAAUAAAGGACAGGCAUAUUAUGAUGCAGACUGCCAAGCAGAGUGGCCGGCUGCCGCCUCGGAGGGAUUGGAGCAAAAGGAGGAGCCACCGGGUCGAGCCCGCUUAGCCACCGUGGAAGCCUCAGUUGAGCUCCACUCGCCCGAUUUCCCGGCCUCCUCAUCCUCGGAUCUGGAUGAGCCUGGUUCUCCACCAGUAUCCAAGCGGCGAAGAGCCCGUAGCCCAACUGGCGCUUUAAGCCUCAGCCUGGCCAGGGACGGCCUUUCACCUACGAAAGCAGCCUGGUGGCCCUGUUUGAGAACAAGUUCGCGGCUACAUCAGCGCUACUCUGUCAGUGCGAAGGCUCUCAACCUGGCUCCUCUGUCAGCCAGGCUCUCCGACCGAGACACAGGGCUCAAAAAUCUGUCUCCAGAAACCGUAAGGGACCAAGUGGAAGAAACAAAACCCCGGGGUGGAAAGCACAGCGCAGCCAGGGGGCAAUGCAGUGUCCCUUGCAGGAGGGGGUGGCAGUGGAGGCAGGCCCAGUCCACCAGGCCCCAGCACCUUGGCCUACCAGACUUUCCCCUCCUACACCUCUGCCAAUGUCUUGUUCCCAUCAGGAGCUCCCCUCACACUGGCAGCUGCAGCUGGAGGGGGGCCCUUCCCUCCCUUUCUCAGCCCCACUUAUUUGGCUCCAUUUUAUACCCCUCACCUAUAAAAGAGCCCCUUGCAGAACCUCCAGACAUUCCCUCUGCAGGGGUGGAGAAUAAGGAACUCUAUUGUGCUGAAGCAAAACAAGAAAAUAAGCAUGCAUGUUCACAUGUCUGCUCAUGCACUAUUUUACUAGGUCUCCCUUAGCAGCAUGUCAGCUAUUCUGGCUCCCUGGGAUCACCACUGUCUAGGUGUAUUUUUUUUAACACACACACAUCUCUGUGUGGAAAAUAUGGGCAAAAAGGAUCAGCCUCCAAUUUCCUUUCCUUUCUUUUACGAGAAGCUGCAAAACAGCAACAAUUCCCUGAAGUCUGGGAAACCCCUUGGCAGCAGAGUGACUUUCAAUACAAGAACAAGUUUUUUUUAAAAAAGAUAAACAUUAUUUGCUAUUUCUGUAAUUGAUGGCUGGCAUACAGGAAACUGAAGAAGACACGAAUAUUGUGGAUUUAACACUGAGCAAAAGGCAGCAGAAGCCAGCUCUUUUCCUCCUCAUCUUUGUAACCUUUGAGUUGUCUGCAGUGUGCUGAAUGAUUCUUACCCCCUCUUAGGUUUGCUAGUUGCUGGCCCAGGCCAUUGUCUGGAGACCUCUGCUGCAUGACCCUGUUCUGAUAAUUGAAUUCGUUUCAGGAUGGAAAUACAACCUGGGUGUGAUUGUGGAAUAUGCAAAAUGUAGAUUGGAAAUGAAUACACUAUUUUAAUAAAACGUGCAUUGUACUAUA